AUGGAUAAAACAAAUUCAAAAUCAUCCGUACCUUUUUGGCGUUUGAUACGUAUUGCUAUCACAGUACUUGGAUUUUUUGGAAUGAUAGCACAUUUUUCACAAAAAGUGAAUGUUGGUAUUGCUCUUGUCUGCAUGGUUAAUCAUUCAGCAAUUGAACAAAACAAAUUAAAUUCUCCUCCUCCUACUACUACACUAAUUACACAUACAGAUGAUAAUUGUCCUCAAACAAAUAGUACAAAUCAUAUUGAAGGUCCUUUUAUUUGGACAAAAACUAUACAAGGUAUCAUCUUAGGUGCUUAUUUUUGGGGUUAUAUUAUAACUCAAAUACCAGCUGGAUAUUUAGCUGGCCGAUUUGGUCCUAGAUAUCUAUUUGGUGGAGCAAUGAUUGUAUCAAGUUUAGUUACUGUGUUCAUGCCAUUAGUUGCACAUGUACAUUGGAUAUUAUUUUGUAUUCUUCGAUUAUUAGUUGGACUUGCACAUGGAACUAUUUGGCCAUGUAUGACUGUAAUCAUGGCUCAUUGGGCACCAAUACAUGAACGUGGAAAACUGAUGGGUUUUAUGAAUGCUGGUGCACAAGCUGGAAAUGCAUUUGCUUUAUCGAUUGGUGGAUUGAUGUGUUCAUGGCAUAUUGCUGGUGGUUGGCCAUUCAUAUUUUAUUCAGCAGCUGUUCUUGGUUUUAUUUGGGGUAUUAUUUGGAUUUUAUUCUAUACAAAUUCACCACGAAAUCAUCGAUUUAUUAGUAUACAAGAAAAAGAAUAUAUUCUUCAACAUACUAAUCAACAAUUAUCUGAUAGUACUAAAAUUGAAUUUCAUGCUCCAUGGCGAGCUAUUCUUACAUCACGAGCUUGUUGGGCAUUAUUUAUUGUUCAUACCUGUAGUAAUUGGGGUACUUAUACGUUUCUAACUUCUACUCCUAAAUAUAUGAAUGAAGUUCUUAAAUUUAAUAUUACAUCGAAUGGACUUCUUUCAUCUGUACCUUAUAUUGUCUUAUGGUUGAAUAUUAAUAUAUCAGGUUUUAUAGCUGAUGUAAUUAUUCGUAAAAAUUUGUUAACAACAACAAAUACAAGAAAAUUAUUUAAUAUACUUGGAAAUCUUGUACCAGCAAUAUUUGUGCUUGGUUUAGCAUUUAUGACAUGUCAAUUAAAAUAUGUUGCUGUCGUAUUAUUAACAAUCGGUGUUGCAUUUCAAGGUUGCUGUUUUGGCGGAGGAUAUUUACUCGUUGCAAAUGAUAUUGCACCAGCAUAUACAGGAAUAGUCUUUGGUAUUUCUAAUACAUUAGCAACAAUACCUGGUAUUAUUAGUCCGUAUGUAGUUGGUGCUCUUACAGAAAAAGAUCCAAAUAAUUGGCGUAUUAUAUUUUUUAUUUGUGUUGCAAUUUACAUUAUUGGAAUGAUUGCAUUUACAUUUCUCGGAUCAGGUGAACUACAACCUUGGGCAAGAACAUCCAUUGCACCUCGUGUUUCAUUUGAAAAUCCAUUAUCAAAAGAAAAUGAUCAAACAGUAACAAUCAACAAUGGAGCAUAA